AAUGUUGUUGCAGGACCCCAAGGACAGGACCACUGGUCCCAGCAUUAUCCGUAUUGUGGUGGAGCGCUACAGUCACCAAUAGACUUGAAGUCAGAUCUGCUAAGGUUCGAUCCCACUUUACGUCCAAUUGAGGUUCAGAACUACAACCUGUCUCCAAAUGAGCAGCUCACUCUUGGAAACAAUGGACACUCUGUGCAGCUUUCAUUGUCCCCCAUGAUGUCCAUCUCCAGCCUACGUAACCGAUACACUGCGGCUCAACUCCAUUUCCACUGGGGCUCCCCCAGUCAGCCUGCAGGUUCUGAGCAUACGGUGAACAGUAAGCAGUAUGCUGCAGAGUUGCAUCUAGUGCAUUACAAUUCAGAUAAGUAUCCCAAUAUUUCCACCGCCGUGGACAAAUCUGAUGGCCUGGCUGUGCUGGGUGUGCUGGUUGAGGUUGGGAUGUUCAAUCCAGCUUUUGACCACAUUCUGAAGUUCAUAAAUCGUAUUAUAUACAGAGAUCAGAAAGUGAAGGUGCCUGCUUUCAACAUCAGAGCUUUGCUGCCUACACGUUUGGAUGAGUAUUAUCGCUACGACGGCUCACUGACGACUCCUCCGUGCUAUCCGAGUGUCCUGUGGACGGUGUUCAGGAAUCCUAUAACAGUUUCUCGCCAACAGUUUCUGACCCUAGCAGCAACGCUCUACUCUUCGAAUGCCCAGGACUCAGCCUCUAUGUCGCUGAGUAACAACUACAGGAAAACGCAGCCUGUUGACAAUCGGCUCGUCUUGGCAUCUUUCAAAGAACGCAGAAGACUGCAUGGUACUCUUACAGUUACAUCUCCGUUAACAAGAAAGCAAAUCAUACAGCAGCUACUGGUUGGCGACUUAGGAGACCUGGCUGAUGAAGACCUGUACAAGCUCCUACCAAGUGGCUCAGAGAAACACCAUGCUGGCAAGAAGAAAGACCUCAAAACCCAGCAGAGUGAGAGACUGGCCAAAUCCAAACAACAAACGCUGAAUCCAUCCCUUGGGAAGAAAAGCCAGGCCAACCGCCAUGUGGGAAAACUCAGGCUAGCAGAAAACACACUGAGCUACGUCUCACUGGAACAGAGAGUUUCCCACCAGCUCAAACAGUCCCAUGCUGAGAAUCAGAUGGUUCAGGCUCUUAGAGAUGCAGUUUUCCCUGAGCUUAACCUAAAAAGCUACCUAGAGUGCAGAUCAGACUUAGCUCUCCCUACCAUCAGGUAUAUUCUCCAGGGACGGCCAACAGACGAGGCUACUGAGUUAAAUCAUUCCCUGACUAAAGCCAUGAUGAAUCAAAGAAAGACUUCCACAGCAUUGGAGAAAGACGUGCCAAUGACACAAUAUAAUGGUCAUUCCACUGCUACAGUUUCCAGGAAACCACAAAGCCAGGGUUAUCCACAUCCUUGGCUUUUGCCUAUGGAGUGGGAAGACUAGAGAGAUGCCUGGCAUUGUUGAAACUCAGUGUGACUUUCUGUAGCAGACAUCAGUUGUGUGUCCCACAAUGACAGCCAAAUUUCCAAGCCACGCCCUGCAUUCUGUUAACCAGUUUAUGCUUUAUGUACGUGAUAUUACAAUUUUACUUUCCUGUGUGUGCACAUAUUUGUAGUUUUCAGAAACGUUAACAGUUUUUCUUUGUCACAGAUUUUGUUUGUUUGUUUUUUGCACAAAAUCAAUCGGAUGCAAAACCAGUGCCCAGCAGUGACUGUCCUCAGUAUAAUGAUAGGACUAUCUCAGUGUGUAUAUUUUUGCUCUGAAAAUAUAUAUAUUAAUUUUUUAAAAUAAUUUAGUAUUUUUGGUAUCUUUGCCCACAUUUGCCUGGCUAAGCAAUGCUUUUCAAUAAACUAUAAAAAAUGA